AUGUACUUAACUAAGGUAUAAUAUAUUUUAUAAUAAAUUUUAAUGAAAAAUUUGUAAUGAUUUUAUUAGUAAAAGAAAAAUAGAAUAAAUUUUAAAUAUUAGUAUUUCUAACUAUACACACACACACACACACACACACACACACACAUAUAAUUUAUUUAUUUAUAAAAUAAAGUAUACAGUAAAAAAAAUUUAUCUUAUAGGAAACAAAUAAUUUUUCUUAACUAUUAAUAAUUUAAUAAAUCAUAUUUUUGAUAUUUAAUAAUUUUGUAUUUUGAUGUUUAAUAAUUUUGUAUGUUUAUUAUGUUGGUUUAUUUUUAUUAUAUUUUUAAUAAAUAAAAUAUUUUUUUAAGAAUAAUAAAAUAAUAGAAGGAGUAAGAAAAUAAGUAAGAAAAUAAUAAUAAAAUAAUAAUAAAAACAUAUUUAAAAUAUAUGAAAAUAUAAAGUUUUUAAUACAAAAACAAUGUAAUGAUAGAAUAAAAUGUUUAUGACAUUUGUUUGUAACAUGUAAUAAAACAUAUUAAUUAUAAAACUUGAAAAUUAUUAAAACUUAUAAAUUAUAAAUUAUAAAUUUAAGUUUAUUAAGUUAAUUAUAUUUAAGUUUAAAAAUUAUAAAUUUAAGUUUAUAAAUUACAUUCAGUUUUAUAAUUAUCUAUACAGAUAUAAGUGGAAUAAAAAUUAAUUUUUUUCAUAUUAAAAUAUUUUUUAUUUUUCAAAGUGUAGCAAAAUUUUAACAUAAAAAUUUUUUUUAAAUAUAACUUUUAAAUGCAUUAUAUUUAUAAUUUAUAAUUAUUGAUAUAAUUAUUGAUUUCUUUAUAUAAUUCAUUUAAAAUUUGCAUAAUUAUGUUCACAGUGUUUGAUUAUUAUCUCAAACGUUAUUACAUAAAUAAUAUAUUAUUAUUUUAUACUUUAAAUUUCAAUAACUAAAAUAUCAAAUAUUAACAUUAUAUUUUAACAAUAUUAAAAUUGUCUAAAGAAAAUAUAAUUAAAUUAGAAGUAUAAUUAUAAUGUUUCCUAAUAAUAAAUAUUUGUUUAAUUUUAAAAUUAAAAAUAAACGCAGAUGAUAAAAUAAAGAAAAAAAGAGAUCUAUAGUUUGAGACGCAAAUAAUAACCUUAACCUUAAUAAAUAUGUAAGUUUUAUACAAUUUAUGUAUCGCUAUAAAAUGAUAAAUAUGAUUAUUUUUUUGCUCAAUUAACAAUAUAAAAAUAAAAAUCUAAAUAGAAUGUAUUUAUUAAAAACUAAAUAAUAAUUUAUGUAUAAUCUAACCUCUGUAUUACUUUAUAAAGUCCUACGAGUUUUACUUACAAUUUUUUAUAUAAUAUAUUAUUGAAAUUAAUUUUUAUUGAAAUAAACUUGACAUUGAUACCAAUUUAUUAGGUUAUUGUUUAUUUAAUUUUAAUAAUGGCUACACUGUUAGAAACUAUUUAAUCGGAAGCUAUUUCACUUCCGGAAUUCAUUAAAAUAAAAUUUGAAAUAUUCAUUUUUCAAAACAGUCUACACUCUGCAUUGUAUAUACAUUUACUAUAUUUUUUUGUAAAUUAUAUUUUAUACAUUUUGGCUUAUAAAUUUUAUAAAAAUUUUAUAUAAAAUGUUUAUUUUUAUAUAAUUGUUUUUUAUUUAUAUUUGUCUCAAUAAUGUAUAUUUCAUUUAUAAUUUGUCUCAGUAAUGUAUAUUUCAUUUAUAAUUUGUCUCAAUAAUCUGUUUAUUUUUUAGCAUGGCUGCAGUAAAUUUUGAAACACUCAGUGAAGAUGAAGUUAUAGGAUUUUUAGAUUCUAUUGAUACUAUACUUACUGAUUGCGAUGGUAGGUAUUUUUUAACUAUUGUAUUUUUACAAAUUAAUAAAAUAUAUAAUAGUAGUAAUUUUAUGUUUUAGGUGUACUUUGGAUGUAUAUGAAUCCUUUGCCAAAUGCAGCAGAAGUUAUAAAUACUUUUCAAUCUUUUGGUAAAAGAGUAUUUUAUGUAACAAACAAUAGUACAAAAACUAGGGAAGAAUUUGUUAAGAAAUGUAAUAUUUUAAAUUUUAAAGCAACUAAGGAAGACAUUUUAUGUACAGCAAAUUUGUCUGCUUGUUACUUACAAGAUUUAAAUUUCAAGAAGAAAGAAUUGGAAGAAGUUGGAAUUUCAUAUGUUGGUGUAGGGGCAGAUCCUAUUAAUAAAAACAUUCCGUAUAAUACGUUUAAUAAGGAUCCUGAAAUAGGUGCAGUUAUAGUUGGUUUUGAUGAACACUUUUCUUAUCCAAAAAUGGUUAAAGCAGCUUCAUAUUUAAGUGAUCCUAAUGUACAUUUCAUUGCUACAAAUACAGAUGAAAGAUUUCCUGUUGCUAAUAAUGUUGUUAUACCUGGUACUGGAAGUUUGGUACGAUGUAUAGAAAGUUGUGCAGAGAGAAAAGCUGUAGUGAUGGGGAAACCUGAAAGUUAUAUUGCAGAUGUAUUAAUGAAACGAUUUCAAGUGAAUCCUGAGCGCACAUUAAUGAUUGGAGAUCGACAUAAUACAGAUAUAUUAUUAGGAACUCGAUGUGGUUUUAAAACACUAUUGGUUUUAACCGGAAUUACUUGUUUAAAGGAUAUAGAUAGGUGGAAACAGUCAGAUUGUGAACAAAUGAAAGAAUUUAUUCCUGAUUAUUAUAUUGAAUCACUUGGUAAUCUUUUACCUUAUUUAGAAAAAUUAAAAAAAAAAUAUGUUAUGUCUAAAUAGAAUAUAUAUGACGAAAA